UGACAGAAAAUUAUUGGCACCAGGCUAUUUAGCCACAGGAGGGGUAGAGAUAUAUCCGGAGGUGGUUGUGUCAGGGAACAGUACCAGUCUUAGACGAACGACCAACCACUUCGCACGCCUCUUCAAACCCUUUUAGCUCCCUUCAACAUGUGGGAUGAUGCCGUAGAGGAGGCCCCGGCCCAGGGCGAGGCCCCUCCCGCGGAAGGUGCCCCCCCAGCUGAGGGCGCCGAAGGUGCCCCUCCGGCGGAAGGCGCUGCCGGUGAAGCUAAGCCCGAGGAAGCAGAGCCCCCACCGCCAGCGAAACCGGAAGGCCCCAAAAGGCUCGUCUGCAAACAUUGGGUCAGGCCUACAAGUUCGCAAUACAACUACAUUUAUGAGUACCGAAAGAAUUACUACGACGACAUAAUCACAUACUUAGAUAGGAGAAACCGUGGAUUGCCCGUGGACAGGCCAGUUCCACAGACCUGGGGCGAGCGAGCGCUCAGAACGUACAUGUCCAAGGGCCACAGCUACAUCUCGAAGAAGACCAACAAAGACCUCCACCUUCUGCACCACAUCGACGUCGGCGCCAGGUUCCAUAGGAUCCAUACAAAGUCCCUUAUCUCGAGGAAGUAUUCUAAGCUUGGGUUUACAAUAGUGUCCAUCUAGCUUCGCUCUAACACACGCUUGAUAUUGCUUGGCGGACCCUUACCUCCAACAUCGUCGUGAACUUUACUGUCAAUUUACAGGAUUUCGCUGUCAUGAUCAAACCGAGCCGAUAUCGCGGACACCGGAGCCGCAUUCCUAUUUAAAUGUUUAACACAAUAAAACUUAAUUUCUA